GGAUGUUUUACUUCUUGUGAUAUUGGUUAUUUAUAUAGAAUCGAUAGAGAUCUUGAUGCUAAUAUUUAUCGCCAAAUAUUAGAUGAAGACUUCAUGAAGACACUUCAGUAUUAUGAAUUAAAUAUUUCAGACAUUGUCUUUCAGCAAGACAAUGAUCUGAAUGAAACAUACCGCUAUAUUUACUAA